CACGUCCUCCACAGACACGGCUAUCACCUGGGAAGGGAGAACUCUGUGCUGCCUGGUGGCGCUGCCGACUCAGCGCCGUGAAGUACAGUCACUAUCGCUGCCGGGACAUAUAAAUUCUGCCUUCGCGGUUACGCUCUUUCCUCGGUCUUCCCUCUCUUGAUCGCCUCCCACUGACUGUCGCGUCGACCAUGGGCUGGAAGUCAGGUCACAAAGACGACAAGGAGAAGCGCGAGUCUCAGCUCGGCACCCCUGUGCCCUCCGACUCAGCGUCCUACGAUGAGAAGCACGAUGCAAGGGACAAGCCCGACCAUAAGGUGGCUGGGACAAUUCCUGAAGGGACCAAGGCUGUUGUUCAGCCUGUCUCGUUCAGAAGCCUGUUCCGCUUUGCCACGCCGUUCGAGGUCUUCAUCAAUUGGGCCGGCUUAGUCGCUGCGACAGCCUCGGGCGCUGCUAUGCCGCUGAUGACUCUGCUCUUUGGACGGCUCAUCCAGUCAUUUGUCAGCUUUGGCUCAGCGCUACAAGACACUAAUCCUGCUGAUCCGGCAGCAGAGGCAGCUUUGCAGGCAGCGAAGAAUCAGUUCAAGCACGAAGCCGCACAGAACGCUUCAUACCUGGUUUACAUUGGUAUCGGGUCAUUGACAUGUACUUUCAUCUAUAUGUACAUCUGGGUGUACACAGGCGAGAUCGGCACCAAGCGACUCCGCGAAAAGUACCUUCAAGCCGUUCUCCGACAGGAUAUCGCAUAUUUUGAUAACGUCGGUGCCGGAGAGGUCGCGACUCGUAUUCAGACGGACACGCACCUGGUACAGCUCGGUACGUCAGAGAAGGUGCCUAUGGUAGUGAGCUACAUCGCAGCAUUCUUCACCGGCAUGAUCCUGGCCUACGUGCGCUCUUGGCGCUUGGCUCUCGCGCUGACAUCAAUGAUCCCCUGCAUCGGUCUCACGGGCGCUUUCAUGAACAAGUUCGUGGCGCGCUACAAACAGUCGUCCCUACAGUCGAUUGCCUCUGCAGGCACCCUCGCUGAGGAAGUCAUCUCGACCAUCCGCACUGCGCAGGCGUUCGGCACCCAGGAGAUACUCGCUCGGGAGUACAAUGCUCCGGUCGACGACGCUCGCAUCGCCAGCAUCAAGGGCGCCGUCUGGCGUGGCGGCAGUCUUGGUAUCUUCUUCUUUGUCAUCUACAGUGGAUAUGCGCUGUCGUUCGACUUCGGCACAACUCUAAUUAAUCAAGGACGGUCUAACGCCGGCGACGUCGUGAAUGUAUUUUAUGCAAUUCUGAUUGGUUCAUUCUCCCUCGCGCUGCUUGCUCCCGAAAUGCAAGCCAUCACACAUGCGCGAGGAGCUGCGGCAAAACUCUAUGAGACCAUCGACCGUGUCCCAAUCAUCGACUCUUCGUCUCCGGAAGGCUCCAAGCCUGACGAAUGCAUCGGCGAGAUCACGCUUGAGAAUGUCAAAUUUAACUAUCCCUCGCGCCCGAACGUACCUAUCCUCAAGGGCCUCUCGAUCGCGUUCCAAGCGGGCAAGACCGCCGCACUCGUCGGCGCGUCCGGCUCCGGUAAAUCCACGAUCAUCUCGCUCGUCGAACGCUUCUACGACCCGCUCGAUGGCGUUGUUCGGCUUGACGGUCGCGACCUGCGGGACCUCAACGUGCGGUGGCUGCGUUCGCAGAUCGGGCUCGUCUCGCAGGAGCCGACGCUCUUUGCGACGACGAUCCGCGGCAACGUCGAGCACGGCCUCGUCGGUACGCAAUUCGAGCACGCGUCGCCCGACGAGAAGUUCGCGCUCGUCCGCGCGGCGUGUGUCAAGGCGAACGCGGACGGAUUUGUGUCGAAGCUCCCGCUCGGGUACGACACCAUGGUCGGCGAGCGCGGGUUCCUGCUCUCCGGCGGACAGAAGCAGCGCAUCGCCAUCGCGCGCGCUAUCGUCUCUGACCCGCGUAUCCUCCUCCUGGACGAGGCGACGAGUGCGCUCGACACGCAGAGCGAGGGUGUUGUGCAGGAUGCACUGGACAAGGCCGCUGCGGGACGCACGACCAUCACCAUCGCUCACCGUCUCUCGACGAUCAAGGACGCCCAGUGCAUCUACGUCAUGGGAGACGGCCGCGUGCUCGAAUCAGGCACACACAGUGAGCUCCUCUCCAACGAGCAGGGCGCGUACUUCCGCCUCGUCGAGGCGCAGAAGCUGCGUGAGUCGAACAGCAUUGAGGACCCAUUAGACGCCGAGGUGGGCGAAGGCGCGACGGACGGGACGCUGCCCGCCAAGGAGGACGGCGAGGACUACGCGGAGCUUGCGAAGGAAGAGGUACCCCUCGGCCGCAUGAAGAGCAAUCGGAGUCUCGCAAGCGAGAUCCUCGCGCAGAAGCAGUCGGAGGAGAAGGAGAAGGAGAAGGACUAUUCGAUGAUCUAUCUCUUCAGGCGCAUGGGCGCUAUCAACAGAGACCAGUGGAAGAGAUAUACUAUUGCUACAAUUGCAGCCAUCAUCAACGGUGCUGUCUACCCAAGCUUCGGUAUUGUCUUUGGUCGUGCCGUGAACGCAUUCUCCGAGUCGGACCCACACCAGCGCCGGCACGAUGGCGACCGAAAUGCUCUAUGGCUGUUCGUCAUUGCCAUCAUCGCGUCUGUCGCUGGCGGAUUGCAAAACACGUUCUUUGGAAUGACGGCUUCCGAGCUCACGGCUAAGAUCCAGAAGCUGGGCUUCCGUGCCAUUUUGAGGCAAGAUAUCGAAUACUUCGAUGAGGAUGAGCAUAGCACUGGUUCUCUCACCGCUGGACUCAGCGACAAGCCUGAGAAGAUCGAAGGCUUGGCAGGUGUCACACUUGGGGCAAUUGUGCAAAGUAUCUCCACCCUGGCAUGCGGCUUCACUAUCGGCAUAGCCUUCACCUGGAAGCUUGGCCUCGUCGGUGUUGCAUGCGCGCCGCUAAUCGUCUCCAGUGGAUACAUCCGACUACGUGUUGUCAUCUUGAAAGACAAGCAGAACAAGAAAGCGCACGAAGGCUCUGCACAGCUUGCUUGCGAGGCUGCAGGUGCCAUUCGGACCGUCGCUUCGCUCACUCGCGAGGAAGAUUGCUGCAACAUCUACUCUCUCAGUCUCGAUGAGCCCCUCGAGAACUCCAAGAAGGCGGCAGUCUGGAGCAACCUGCUCUGGGCGAUGUCGCAGGCGAUGAUCUUCUUUGUCAUGGCCCUUGUGUUCUGGUACGGCUCGCGGCUCGUUGCGGACCAGGAAUUCACGCCGUUCCACUUCUUUGUCACGCUCAUGAGCACCGUCUUCGGCUCCAUGCAAGCCGGCAACGUCUUCCAGUUCGUGCCCGACAUGUCGUCCGCGAACGACGCCGCUGCAGACAUCGUCACCCUCCUCGACUCGAUGCCCACGAUCGACGCCGAGUCUAAAGAGGGCAAGGUCCCGCAGAACGUGCAGGGCAGGAUCCAUUUCGAGAACGUGCACUUCCGCUACCCCACGCGUCCUGGCGUCCGAGUCCUCCGCGACCUCAAUAUCACGGUUGAGCCUGGCACCUACGUCGCCUUGGUCGGUGCGAGUGGGUGUGGUAAGAGUACAACGAUCCAACUUAUCGAGCGAUUCUAUGAUCCCCUUGCUGGCACUGUCUACCUCGACGGGCAACCAAUCUCUGAGCUUAAUGUUACUGAGUACCGCAAGCACAUCGCUCUUGUGUCUCAGGAGCCUACUUUGUAUUCUGGCACAAUCCGCUUCAACAUCCUUCUCGGAGCAACCAAGCCUAUAUCAGAAGUAACCCAGGAGGAGAUCGAGGAGGCCUGUCGCAGCGCCAAUAUCCUGGAGUUCAUCAAAUCUCUGCCAGACGGUUUUGACACUCAGGUCGGUGGCAAGGGAUCUCAGCUAUCUGGUGGCCAAAAGCAACGUAUCGCCAUCGCCCGAGCACUUCUCAGGAACCCGAGAGUUCUCCUCUUGGAUGAGGCGACUUCUGCUCUCGACUCCAACUCUGAGCGAGUGGUACAAGAAGCCCUUGACCGCGCAGCCAGGGGUAGGACAACCAUUGCCAUCGCGCAUCGUCUGUCCACCAUUCAAAACGCUGACUGCAUAUACUUCAUUAAGGACGGUGCAGUCAGCGAGGCGGGCACGCACGACGAGUUGCUCGACCGUCGCGGUGGAUAUUACGAAUACGUGCAGCUCCAGGCGCUGAGCAGAAAGUAACGACUCGCAUGCUAUGACUCUUUUACGCCUGAUACACCUUGACUAUCACGCUCCACUCACAUCGGUAACAUCUUGCAUAGCUUAAUUUCUAUCCCAUAACAUAACAAUAAGUAUCCAGUAGACGACGCUCCGGUUUGUAGUCAUGUAGGUAGGUACUAGAUAUACUUAUAUCGAAGUUCAUCUCAUCUCAGAUUUUAGUCAGACUUCAUGCAGCCUUACGAUGUAGAUUUACGGAGAUAUCGAUAUCGAAUGUUGAACGUCGAACGUCGAGAAUUU